UUUCUUCACGGGUUAUUACGUCUAUGUGUUGCUUAUGAGAUUUUGAUAUUCUUGUUCCUUGUCCAUAUUCCUUCCAUUGUUUUUGGAUAUUAGAUUCAUAGAUCGUGUCUACGAUGUCCUAGGCUGCCGUUGAUGCUAUGUUAUUUACAGCUAUUCCACUAUCGUUGGAAUGUGUUGACUUAUGUAUUCCCCUUACGGUGUUUAUUGCUAGUAUAUUCUUCUAGGUCACCAUGGGUAUAGGGAACCUUUUGCAAUUUUUACGUCCUAUGCAGACUACUGUAAGUCUAGCUAACUAUGAAGGCAAGGUUGUUGCGGUGGACGCCAUGUGUUGGAUCCACCGCGGUAUGAUUUCCUCUGCUGUUGCCAAUGUAACUGGCGAGCCGUGUGAUAAGUACAUCAAGUUCAUCGUUUCAAUCCUAUCGGUUCUUCUAUCACAUAAGAUAACACCAAUCAUGGUAUUUGAUGGCUAUGAUAUGCCAACGAAAGAGACCGAGAACCAGCUGCGUCGAGAACGUCGGGAUAAAGCUCGCGAGGAGGCUUUGGCAAUGAUCGAAAAGAAUGGUGGAGCAAUCAAUACUGAGAUUAUGCGCAAGUGUAUGCAGGCUAUCCACAUUACCCCCGAAGUUAUCGCUCGUGUAAUGGAAAUAUGCCGUGCAAUGAAUGUACGCAUUGUUGUUGCUCCUUACGAGGCUGAUGCUCAGGUGUCAUAUUUGUGCCGUUCAGGCAUAGCCUACGCAGCUUUGUCAGAAGAUUCUGAUUUGCUGGUAUAUGGCUGUCCUCGUGUAUGGUUCAAGCUUGAGCGCGAUGGCAAAGCUGAUGAAUUGACACUAGGAUUUAAUAAGGACCCAGAUGUAAAGUGUAACACCGGUUUACUAAAGGGUCUAAGCCAUAGAAUGUUUAUUGCAAUGUGCGUUUUGAGCGGGUCCGAUUACGAUAAUGGAUGCCAUAUCCACGGUAUGGGCAUUAAGCUGGCCCAUAGGUUCAUCUUACAAUACGAAACUUUACCUGCUGUUAUGGCGUUCCUUCAAAGUAGCGACGCAUGGUCCAAGAAGUUCCCAGCACAUCUAACCAUCAAAGAGCUCGAGGCGUACUACAUGAGGGUUAUGCAAAUAUUUUUGCACAAUAUUGUUUACGACGUACGCCAUGACACGCUUAGACAUAUAUCGCCAGUAUCUGAUGGUGCAACCAACAUGGAAAUAAUUAGGGAACUAACUCAACUCAUAAGGGAACGAGAUGGUAACUUCCGUAUGGUCUCCGAGGGUUUGAUUAAUCCGCGUAACGGCGAGUCAAUGUCGUACACAAUGACUGACAAGGACCGUGAACUUAUAGAAGGUAUAGAAUUCAGAGAUAUAGAUGCAUUAUACAGCGCAUCUAUGCGUGAUGCAACUUGUGACGCCUUGAUGGAGAAAUCAUCACCUGAUGAUACAGACGGCAAUUGCACAUUACCCGGUAAGUCACCAGCUCGUAAACCCAAGCAGGCCAAGGCCAAUAACCCAUCACCACCAAAUACACCCAAGGCAACACGUAAAACCACAGCGAAUAGUAAUAAAAGUGGUGGUAAAAAGGCCAAAGGUAAAGAGGAUAACAAUGAAGAAGUUAGUUCUCUUACCCUAUCGCAAAAGCGGAAGUUACGUGAUUUAAUAGAUUCAUCCGAACGAGUUGCCUUAUCUAGGCCUAAACGCCGUUGUACCUCAACGUGAUCGUUUAAAGGGA